UCGGAAUGACGUACCUCCUCAUUGAACCAUGCGACGCAACGAAGAGUCAAUGCACCCACUCCCACACACACACGACCACACACGCACACACGCACACGCAUUGCUAGGCUGGCGUCCUUCAGGGCCUUCCCGCCACCAGAGGCUCUCUCUCUACACAUGACAGCUCAGCAUGCAUCUCAAAAGCACUCGAUUAUCCCAGCUCCAUUUCCCUCUGCGCAGCAUCGCUUGUUCACUUGGCAAGGGCCAGCAGUCCCCAAGCCCCGAUAAAAGCCAGUCCGCCCACCGGCGUGACAGCGCCCAGCCACUUUUGGUCCGACAGCACCAGCGCAUAUAGACUACCGCUGAAGAGCACAAUGCCCGCCGAAAAGAGAGCCGCUGACCUACAUGGCACCAACGGUACACACAAGCAUCCUGAUAUGCAUGGUCGCUCUGUGACACACUGGGCAGGCACCGUCGUGUUCUUUCUGUCCUCACCAGUUGAAUCUGUUUCUGCCGAGCGUUUGUGCUGCGAUGAUAAGGCCAACCGAAUGACUCAUGUGGUAGUGCGUCGCGGUCUCCCAGAUCUGACACACACACACGGGAUUGACCUUGUGUGCAAGCAUCCGGGGUGUGGCAUUGAUCUCCUGCGCCCGUACGUGCCUUGAGUUGUUCAGUUGAGAUGCCUUUCGCCCUCAGCCCAUGUGCGCCAAACGCUCCCAGGCACACAGAGAGAGCUGCAGAUCCACAGCCUAUGUAGAACCACGGUGAAGGGGGACCACUCAUCUCAGGAUCCGAUGGCACAUAUGUCCUCCUAGCCCUACUCAGCCAAGUUGGACCGGUGCAUCUGAG